UGGGCACUCUGUAUGGUUUCUCUGCGUUUUGAGCACUUCAGAAGUUGUGAAAUAAUAGCUGUUUCAUGUUUCUGCUUGCAGUCAAUAGGCUAGGUGAACACAGCUAAACAUCUGCAAAUAGAUCCUUCAUUAUCAAAAGCAAACCUCUAUGUCACGAAAUGGAACGUCUAUUUGAAGAAUUCCACGUACACGAAGACGAUGACGGACUUAGUAGAGGAGGUCGCUUCUCAUGUGACGACCAAGAUUAAAGAUGGGCUUAGAAGCAGCCCCGUGUUUCGUGUGCUUGGAGUCGGUAGCGGCAACGGUAAAACUGAUCUUAGAAUUCUUACUGGCAUUCAAAAGCGUUCGGAGCUUCCCGGACGGAUAAAAGCAGCCAUACAUUCCGUCGUCGUAGAACCAAGCGCCGAAAUGAUAGAAGAAUUCAAGACCUCCGUUUCUCCUUUACCACAGUCCCUAGCAGGUGUGGCUGAUGUCUCAUUCGAAUGGCACGAGAUGACUUUCCAGAAGUUCAGUGAGUGUUUUCCCCAAAAGGAGAGUUUGUUUGACAUGAUUCAUUUUGUCGCAUCUCUGCUUUACAUGGAUGCCGAAACAGUUUUGAGCUACUGCUACCAGAAGCUUGCUAGUGGUGGAGCCAUGUUCUGUACGGUGGUACCGGAAGAAUCUUUUUUCACGAAGAUGUCAAGAAAGCUACACAACAAAGUAGAUUUGGGCUCUGCUCAGAAGAUUUACACUGAAGUGGAUCUUGUUAAUAUUGCCAGGAAGAACAACUGGAAUUAUGAAGAACUAUGGAAGGUUCACAACCAAAUUGACAUUACCAGCUGUUUUGAUCAUUCGUCGCUGGAAGGGACUAUUCUGCUAGACUUUCUAGUCUUCCAAAGAGAUUUUCGUGUCACAGCUGGCAAAACUCUCUACAAAGAGGUUAUGGACUUUUUGAACCAAGAAUCCAGUACUUGUGAUAAUGGAAGAAAACUAAUAGAAUCAGAAAUAGCUGCAGUUGUAAUUUACAAAGAACAGUGAUUACUGGCUUGAAUAUAUUAGUAAGGGAAAUUUACAUUGCUUGUAUAUUUUCCUACUUUAUUUUUUUUCUAACUUGAAAUGACUGCAGUCUUCUUUCCAGCGAGGAGAGGGAGUAGGACGGGGCACUCAAGUAAUGUAGUGAUAUGGUGCGAAAUUCUUUUUAUGGUUUGAAACUUUAUAAGUUUGUUUCUUUUUGUGGGUUGGUUGCGGUUACGAAAACUUCUGUUUGAGGUGAAUCGAGAGUUUUGGACGUUGAUUUUGGGUAAGAAUUUUGUGGCAGGUGUAGACAGAAAGCUUUACUUACACAACAACUUGAACUAUAGAAAAUGCUGUCUAUAUAUUCUCACUUACUCCUCGAGGUGUAUCAGUACAUCAACAGUACUCACUCGUUCGCUGCGCUCACUCGUUUGUUUUCUGAUACCGUCAUUUUUAGUCGUGGGUAUAAAUCGCACGUGCGGAUUUUAGAAAGUAUGAGGAAUUGAAUGUUUAAACUUAACCGGCAGUCAUGCAAUACAUUGCUGCAGCAACGGGUCAGAGGUAUUAAAGCAAAACUAAACAACAGUGACAGCCAACUGAGCCAAGCGUGAUUUUCUUCGCUGAAUACGCUAAUGGCCCAUUGAUGAGAGGUUUGCUUUUAACCCCUUGUCGACGUGAACGUGUAACGAGAAGAAUCAACUGAAGUAUUUAUCGCUUCUGCUGGUGCUUCAAUCGAUCUCGUCUGUCCGGUCUAACUAUCACAGUAGACUCUAUUGAGCUUCCUUGAUGCUUAUAGCUAAACAAUGGACAAUGAAAACUAAAAGAUGAACCUAAAAUAUGAACGAUCUUUUUAAGCAAAGAUUAGGGUUAAGUUCGAAACUAAUUUGAAAUAUCUAUAUAGCAAAACUGUAUCGGCCAAACAGAUUAAUUAUUCGUUGUGAUUUACGCAAUAAGAUUCUCUUCGCUGGGUACGUGAACAGCACUUGCCAUUUGGCUGAUCAUGUUUUGAACUCUGUUUCAACUGACUGGGUAGUGCAACGAGAGAUACAUCAGCAAAACUAAGGAACAGUGACAGCCGAGCGUAAUUUUGUUUGCUGAAUACGCUAAAGGGGUUGGUCUUUAACCCCGUUUCAACGUGAAGUAUAAAUUUAUCACUUCUGCUGGUGCUUCAACCGAUCUCGUCUGUCGAUCCGGUCUUAAUUAAUAUCACAGUAGAUUCUACCAAGCUUCCUUGAUACUUUAAGCUAAAUAAUGGACAAUGAAAACUAAACAAUGAACCUAAAAUAUGAGCGAUCUUUUUAAGCAAAGAUUAGGGUUAAGUUUCAAACUAAUUUGAAAUAUCUAUACAGUAAACCUGUAUCGGCCAAACAGAUGAAUUUGUAGUUUACGCAAUAAGAUUGUCUUCGCUGUGUACGUGAACAAUGGCAAUUGCCAUUUGGCUCAUCACUUUCUGUCAGUUAAUUCCUUUUCAACUGAUUGUGUAAGCGCAACAAGAGAUACAUCAGUCAUGGACUUCUUGUGUAACGGAAUGAUCUGUCACGCGUUAUGGUCGUCACACCCAGAAGAGAGAAACGCAUAUGAAACACCGUAUAGAGGAAAUAGCGUAAAAGCCAUUUGAGCAGAAGAAAGACAAGCCAUCUGUGGACUAGAAAAGAGUUGCUCAAAGUGCAGUAAGUAUAUUUUUUUGACAGAGUGUUUUACAAAAACGCAGUCUUACACAAUCUAUUUAUCAUAUGAAGUCCGUCGAGGCCGCAGCUGGUAGUGCUUAUAUGAAGAGAACAAGGUUGUCUGUGAACAUUGAAGUUUUCGACCGAGCCUUUAGCACCAGAAAAGACUCUAAGAACCUUACACUAAGAGACAAUUGCGAAACCAUUUUUCAACAGCUAGCAUAUGGCUACUGGCAAUGAUCACGAGCAAAGCCGGGUCUGCCUUGCAUUCUCUUGUGAAUAUUGGUCAGACACCGCUUUCUUAAAAAUUGAGCAGACUUCCCUCUCAGAUCAAGCUUUGCAGACAAGACAAACAUUUCAAAUAAGCGUUAUUUCUUUUUUUCUUUGCUUGUAGACUAUUGGUAGU